AUGGUCCCAGAUGCUGUUGUCAUUCCCACAGGCGGCCCUCCCAAGGUCGUCGGCCCAAAGACCAAGACUAUCGCACGCCCAACCAACAAACUGCUCCGGUACGUCCAUGAGACGGCGGCUUUUGCCUGGCAUUAUGACAGCUUCCCCUUUGUCUGCGUGACAAUGCCUUCGGACUGCACUGGUAUGGUGGGAGAAGAGACGGCGUUGAAGACCGCGACUGGGGAGAUUAUGGAAGUGCGAGGGCCCGCCAUGGGUAAAGCCGUGGUCAUGCGAGGCCGCUACAUUGAACAUCGGGCACUGAAGGCUCUUGGGGGUCGCGAGCGGAUUACCAUGGUCACCUCCUUCCGUCCAAAACCGCCCUUCAUGAAGGACGAGAGCAUCCUCACUGGCAUUCGGGGCAUAAGUCCCUUGACUGAAAUUUAUAGCCAGUACACCCAGUAUCGAUUGGAGAUUUUGGAAGAGCGAAUUCGUGCACGGCUGAAGAAGGAGCAGCGCCGGGAGAUUGCCAAACCACCCUUCGACGUCCCCAAUAUCAGAGCUUUCUUGACGGAACAGAAGGAUUUUCUAGAGGCUAUGUUGGAGGAGCUAUAUUAG